CCGACUACUCGUAAGCCGAAACAGCCAUGUUGACACAAAUGCUAUCAAGCGCCGUUCCAUGUUUGACGUACCGUAAAAAUGUAAUCCUAUGAAAAAAUAAUACAUAAAAAUUAAUAAUAACUCUUUAAAUAUUUACAUUGCCGUGACACUUUAUAACCGUGUGUUAGGGUAUAUUUUUGAAUGGCACACAAAGUGUUAUAGACAGAACAUGUUGUAUAAAAAUAAUGAUGCCAACUUCAUUGCCUUUCGCGUGGUUCUAGUAUUCAGAGCUGUGAUAUUGUAUGCUUUAGAGAAACUGAGGAAAAUGGUCUACACAGUGAAAACUACGGAAAGUGAUCAGGGGCCAUGUAAAGAGGUCAAGAGCGGGUCGAUUUGGAAGGAGUUCGUCAUAUCAUUUAUAGCCAGCAUUCCAUUCUUCACCCAUGGUGUUGAAACCACAAUACUUUCAACAUCAGCACACGCAGGCCACUUUAUCACCUCACCUGAUGACGAGCCAUGGAACGCCACAGCUAUGUUAAUAGCAGCUGGCAUAUCUGCUCCUGUGUACUGUUAUGUUAUUGAUAAGUUUGGAAGAAAGAUUGGGAUAUUUAUCAUCAGCCUAAUGCAGGGUGCUUCACUUGUACCACUAUUUUUACCACCGAAGGAUAUAAAUAUGUUAAUAUUACAUAUAUUUGCUGGAAUCUCAUCCGGGGGACUAUUUACUGUCCUACCAAUUUAUGUAAGAGAAAUUAGUUCGACAAAUAUAAGAGGAGUGACGAUAUCAUUGAUGAUGGUGAUGACAACAGCUGGGUAUUUGAUGAAGUUGGUGACAGGGGUUGAAACGUUGAUGUAUUCGAUGACAGCCCUUUUGAUAGUACAAUUCGUGUUAAUGGUAGUGAUGGUGGAAUCACCGAGCUAUUUAGUGAUGGUUGGGAAAAUGGAGUCUGCGACAGAAGCGAUAUCAAAAUUAAGGUGCUUAUCGUAUGAAAAUCCUGCAUUAUCAAACGAAGUAAUUCAUUUGAGAGAUGAAAGGGAUAGAGUGAGAGCAAAUGGAAAACUGAGUUUACUUCAAAUUCUAAGAAACAGAAUCUGGUGGGAUGCGACAAAGAUUGGUUUUGUUCUUUACACCAUACACGUGAUAUGUGGAAGUAUUGUAUUUCUGGACCAAGAUAAAGUUUUAUUACAACUGAAAAUGGACAUGGAUCCCGAGAAAGUGCUCGUCGUAGCUAGCCUGUGUGGAGGCAGCUUGCUCUGUUUGUCGAUGGUCAAAUUUAUUGACAGAAAGUAUCUACUGACCUUUGGAUAUGCGAUUAUGGUUUUGUCCAUGGGUGUCUUGGGAGUGUACACACAAACGGAACUGACUGUCAGGUCGCUACACUGGUUGCCAGUGGUUGCCCUGGGUGUCUUGGUUAUAGGUUACGGUUUGGCAUGGGGUCUACCCAUAAUCAUCAUGGUGGAAAUGUACAAUUUUGAGAUCCGCGCCAAACUGCUAGGAUUACUAUAUACGUAUUCACAAAUAAUAAAACUGGCCCACAUACACUCCUUCAAAUACAUCGAAGAAUACAUGGGAAUUUACACUGUAUUCUAUUUAUUUGCAUGUAUAAACCUUUUUGCUGGGGUGUACACGUUAUUCGGAAUACCUAAUAUCAAAGAUAAAAGUGUUAAACAAAUUGAAAGACAAUUGAAAAGAGUGCCAAUAUUGAAAUUAUGAAAUAAAGCUUUUGUUUAUUCA